UUCACCGGUGCAUAUAUAUGAGCGACAUAGACAUAGUGUGUGCGCGAUCAAAUAAUCUGUCUCCCUUCCCCUGCACUGCACCCUCGUCCAUUACCUCUGAACUUUAGAUCUACCAUUAAUGGCUGCUCCAGAUCUUUUGUUCAAUCUUCGAAACAAUUUCUACUUGGGAGCUUACCAAGCAGCCAUCAACAACAGUGAGAUCCCCAAUGUAUCGCCCGAUGAAGCAGUUGAAAGAGAUUGUCUCGUUUACAGAUCUUAUAUUGCUCUUGGCAGCAACCAGCUUGUGAUUAGUGAAAUUGAUGCAUCUGCUGCUACUCCUCUUCAAGCAGUUAAACUUCUCGCUCUCUAUCUUUCUGCUUCUGAAAAUAAGGAAACAACCAUUUCGAGCUUGAAAGAGUGGUUGGCAGAUCCCGCCAUUGGAAACAUCCCAACUUUGCGGCUUGUUGCUGGUGUCAUAUUCAUGCAUGAGCAAGAUUAUAGUGAAGCUUUGAAGCAUACUAAUGCUGGAGGAACCAUGGAAUUGCAUGCAUUGAAUGUCCAAAUAUAUCUUAAGAUGUAUAGAUCAGAGCAUGCGGAGAAACAGCUAAGGCUUAUGCAACAGAUUGACGAGGAUCACACAUUGACUCAACUUGCUAAUGCUUGGCUAAAUUUGGCAGUGGGAGGUUCCAAGAUACAGGAAGCGUAUCUUAUCUUCCAGGAUUUCUCUGAGAAGUAUCCUAUGACAGGAUUGAUCCUGAAUGGCAAGGCUGUUUGCUGCAUGCACAUGGGAAACUUUGAUGAAGCAGAAUCACUAUUACUCGAAGCUCUAAACAAGGAUGCAAAGGAUGCUGAAACAUUGUCAAAUUUGGUUGUGUGCUGUCUCCAUCUCAACAAACCAACAGGCCGCUACCUGAGUCAGUUGAAGGGUACCCACCCGGAACACAUGUUUGUGAAACGUUUAGCAACUGCAGAAGAAAGUUUUGAGAGGGCAGUUCAGUCAGUUGCAUAAGAAACACAUAUGAAGCAGCUAGUUUGUUCAUUGUUAAUUACGUCUGGCAUAACUUUAUUUGCCUAUUUUUUUUGGCCCUUCUACCUCAAUAUUGGAUCUCCAACUUACAAGGACAAGAUAAUGAAUAGUGAAAUGUUAAUGACAGCUUUAUAAUGUGAUGGAAGUGAAUGAGACUCCAUGAAUUGAUUUUA